UCCGAAACAACAAUGGAGGACAAAGUGAUCAUAGCUGUUUGUGGGCUCCCGGAGCUGUAUGAUACAUCUUCGUAUCAUUACAGAAACAGGAAUAAAAAGGAUCUUGCUUGGAGGAAAGUGAGUGAGGAGGUCGGACAAUCUGAGCCGACUGGUCCUUUUGAUGGUAGUGAGCCUGGGUCCCUUCUGCCAGAACCUGCUGCUGCUUCUGCUUCCCCUGCCGGCCCUUCAACAUCUGCUGCUACUGUGCCCACAGCGCCGCCAAGAAGAAGAGCUCAGAAAAGGCCUAGGAGCAGCCAUCGGAGGUGGGCGGCAGCUCCUGGAAGUACUCGGACCCGUCCUGAAGCUCCAGCACCGCCUCCACGCUCAGAGGAUGAGCUCUUCCUCUUGAGUCUGGUCCCUUCCCUGCAGAAGUUGCCGCCUCAGACAAAAGAUUUCGUAAAAUUUCAAAUUCACAAAUUAAUUUACGAAAGCAGCACAGUUCUGCUUAAUUUGGAACAAUUGGAGCCUCAAUAA